AACUUUGUUCAGAUGCAAUAUCGUUGAGGACAGUGGCCAGAACGAGAGUAUUAAUGGCCAUUUCCAUGAUUUCCUGAGGUAUGAUAAAUGUAGCAGCUUUGAGACAGGCGGUUUUGUAGUGUUCUAUAAGAAGCCGUACGGGGAUCAAGACUUUGGGUACAUUGCAGAUCACGAAUUUGAUCAGGCUGGAUGUUCGCGGAUUCAGCUGCCAAUCCCAUUGAGCUCGGAGGUUAUGCCCAAUGGAGAAGGCCCGUUUGGUUUGGUAAAUGCAACCUUUUUGUUGGAAUGGAGUUUGUCUGAAGAUUGUAUUGAGUGUCAUGACAGAGGAGGUUUAUGCGUUGUUGAUCAAACCCAUAGGUAUCAUUGCUCCAAAGGUGCAGGGAAAGCAGAUCAUGAUCUACUGCUUGAAGCAGGUGGAGUUGCAUUGGCUGUGGGUGUACUCUUAGGCAUAAUAUUGGUUGUAGUGAUUUACAAAAGAAAGCGUCGCAAUUCUUUGUAUGCUAUUUCAAGAAGCAAGUCAUCAAAGGGGGAAAUUAGUAAGGACUAUGGAGUUCCCAUCUUCACCCAAAAGGAGCUUGACAAGGCUACUGAUCAUUUCGCUUCGUCUAGAGAACUUGGAGAUGGAGGCUUUGGGACUGUUUACUAUGGAAAGCUACAGGAUGGAAGAGAGGUUGCGGUGAAGUAUCUUUACCAGCAGAAUCGCAAGAGGAAGGAGCAAUUCAUAAAUGAAAUUCAAAUCCUUGCUGGCAUCCGGCACCCAAACCUCGUCACCCUAUACGGAUGCACAUCCAAGCACAGCCGAGAGCUCCUCUUGGUCUACGAGUACAUCCCCAAUGGAACGCUUUCAGACCACCUCCACGGCAGGAUGAUAUCAAAUGGAGACCCUCCCCUAAAGUGGCCAAUCCGGAUGAACAUCGCAGUUGAAACCGCGAGAGCCUUAGCCUACCUACACGCUUCUGACAUAAUCCACCGUGACAUCAAGACUGCCAACAUCCUCCUGACCCACAACUUCUCUGUCAAAGUCGCAGAUUUCGGGCUUUCAAGACUCUUCCCGAAUGACGUCACACAUGUCUCAACUGGGCCUCAGGGCACCCCAGGGUACGUUGACCCCGAGUACCACAAGUGUUAUCAUCUCACAGAUAAAAGCGAUGUGUAUAGCUUCGGAGUUGUUCUCAUUGAGCUCAUAUCAUCAAUGCCAGCAGUGGAUGUGGAUAGGGGUAAGGAUGAGAUCAACUUAUCGGACUUGGCGAUGAAACGAAUGUUGAGAGGGGAAAUGAACAGGUUGGUGGAUGAAUCGUUAGGAUUUGAAUCGGAUGAAGUGGUGAAGAGGAUGACAAGUUCAGUAGCUGAGUUGGGUUUCCAGUGUCUGCAGCUGGACAAGGAGUUGAGGCCUGGAAUGCAGGAAGUGUUGCUCAGGUUAGUGGAGAUUCAAGGUCAUAACAUUGAGGCUUCAAAUGUGGAUAAGAGUGCAGAUAUUACUCGAAGUUCUACGGAUUCGGGUCGUGUUAUGCUGCAGAAAGUUCCGAUUUCUCCAGAUUCUGUGAUGCAAAAGUGGGGUAGUAGUAAAUAUAGUGUAUAGCAGUGGAACAAGCAGUUAGUGAUUGAAAAUUGUUGAAGGCAUUAAUUAAUUGUUAUUAUUAAUGUGCUUGCUCUACAGCCUACUGUGUUCCUUUUGUACCACAAGGUUCAAGUAUAUAAAUAAACCACUCUUAUACGAAUUGCUUAUUUGUUAAUUCUACUCCUUAUUUAUGAAAAAUGCUUCUUAUUAUAAUUGUUAA